AUGCCUUUCAGUUUUAAAUUAAGCAACCGUAGGCGUUUGGUUUUUGUUUGUCUUUCUCUUUUCCUAGUUUUUUACUUUGUUUGGCAUGGAUAUUCUCUGGACACUUCAAGUGGUAUUCGAGAGAGCCCCUCUGUGCUUGGUCAAGAAACGAAAAGCUCAAUCACUAGUGAAGAAUUGAACACUCCUACAUCGACUCUUCCUUCACAGACGGAUCAACCUGAACUCAUUCCUUCUACUAUUAUCUCUUCUGGUACCGCAACUACAUCAAGCGAAAUUGCAGUACCAAGCGCUGUGUCAUUGGCAACCAACCAGGCCCAAGGAUGUAGUGACUCCUUUGAUGGGAAAAAGCCCAUCACCCAGUAUGUCAUUAUGAUCGAUGCUGGUUCCACUGGCUCUAGAGUACACGUUUAUCAAUUUAACAACUGUAAUCCUACACCGAAAUUAGAGGAGGAAUACUUUUUGAUGACAGAACCUGGAUUGUCUUCCUUUGCUGGCAAUCCUGAUGGAGCUGCUGCUUCUUUAGAUCCCCUUUUGAAGUUUGCAUUGGAACAUGUUCCCGAAAAACAUAAGAAUUGCUCGCCGAUUGCUGUUAAAGCAACUGCUGGUCUUCGCCUUACCGGUGAGCUCGAAGCGCAAACCAUUUUGAAUGCGGUAAAGACGCAUCUUGAGAAAUAUCCUUUUCCUUUGGCUGGGGAAGAUAGCGUUUCCAUUUUAGAUGGAGCCAUGGAAGGUGUUUACGCUUGGGUUACGAUCAAUUAUCUUUUGGGAUCGUUAAAUGUUGAUUCUUCCGAAUCGACCGUUGCUGUAAUGGAUCUUGGAGGGGCGUCUACUCAACUUGUCUUCGAGCCUCGUUUCUAUGAUUCUCAGCAAAAAUUAUCUGAAGGUGAUCAUAAGUACGUUUUGGAGUACAACAACAAGGCGUAUGAGCUUUACCAAUUUUCUCAUCUUGGAUACGGACUAAGGGAAGCCCGAAAGUCGAUCCAUAAGAUUGUAGUCAACACGGCAGAUAUUUUAAGAGAAUCACUAAAUGCUGACGAUGUAUCUUACGAGAUCACUCAUCCAUGCCUCCAUUUAAAUGCUUCCAUGCAGCAUUCUUCAACAAAGGAGGAUGGAGUGUCUUCUAACUUUGUAUUUAAUGGUCCUUCUUUAGCCCAUGCUUCUUUGCAAUGCCGCGCGUUAGCCGAAAAAAUUUUAUACAAAGAAAAAGAUUGCCAAUUGGCACCCUGUUCGUUCAACGGCGUUCAUCAGCCAAAGUUCACGGAAACAUUUAAUGAUGCUCCAAUUUAUUUGAUUAGUUAUUUCUAUGAUAGGAUGGUCGAUUUGGGCAUGCCUAGUACGUUUACUAUUGAGGAUAUGAAGUUUUUAGCGGAUCGUGUUUGCAGUGGUCCUGGUUCUUGGGUCGACUUUUUAUUUCUCACUAACUCCCUUCGUGCUUUAGAACUGGAACCGGAGUGGUGUUUGGACCUUAACUAUAUGAUAGCUCUUUUAUCCGUAGGAUAUGAGAUUCCCAACAACCGUCAGCUCCAUACGGCCAAGAAGAUUAAUGGUAAAGAACUUGGUUGGUGUUUAGGUGCUAGUCUCUCUCUUUUAUCAGAAUCUGAUGGUGAGUUCAAAUGCACAAUAACAGAAGAAGAGUCGUAA